AUGCCUGAUUCCUCUCCUUCUCCCGCUCCCGGCCCCCGGGCCAUCAAGAUCCCUUUGCACACGGGGAACAAUGCAGACUACUCUCCGCCGAACCGACGUCGACGAAGUGAACGCUACCCUCACCACGCCGAAAGUGCCGAAGCUUCUGAUGCUGGCCCGUCAUCGCUAGGCUCAGGCUCAGGCUCCGAUCAAGACUCGCACUGGUCCUACAGCCCUAUUCCCACUCGGCCCCAGCCCCAGCAUCUCCUGCGCAACAAUGUCCCUUCAGCGGGUGUGGUGGUCCGACUCCCUGCCUCGUUACACUCCGACAACGAGCCCAGCCCAUCACAACGGAAAGACAAGCACAAGGCUGGCCUCCCGCCGCCUAGCAGCAUGCCCAUGCUCUUCAACGCUUCCUCCUCUUUACUUGGGCCUUCGAUGCUCUCCUCCAGCUCUUACAAAUCCAUCAAUUUGAAUGCUCAUCACGACGAUCCGGACGAGCCCCCUCGACUGAUCACAUACACAAAAUAUAGCCAGGGGUUUACAUGGAAUGACGAGCUGUUCUUGCCAAGCUAUAUGCUGGGACGAUAUGGGGAGAGGGGCCGAAAGAAGCUAUACGACGGAGACUUUGGGGACGAGGAUCACUGCCCUGUGGCUGAGAUCUUCGUCACGGACGAAGAGGCCGAGGCCAUGAUGCCAUGA